UCAUCAUCCUUCAUUCAUCUUAAUUCCCUAUAAAUAACCUACUCAUCAUUAUAUCGAAAUCACAACUACUCAACCAGUACUCUCACUAGUCCUCUCUGUACGUGUACUUCCAGUCCUUCUCAAGUAGCAACAAUGGCAGGACGUCCGUACAUCGUCGUGCUGCUCGUUUCUCUGCUUCUUCUAGUCACACUUUCUCCAUUAGCUGAGGCUUACACCAAGCUUCGUCCUCAAGAUUGCAAAAAGAAAUGUACGUAUCGGUGCUCCGCGACAUCGCACAAGAAGCCAUGCAUGUUCUUCUGCCAAAAGUGCUGUGCUAAAUGUCUUUGCGUUCCUCGAGGCGUUUACCGCAACAAGCAAGAAUGCUCUUGCUACAACAACUGGAAGACCCAAGAAGGAAAACCCAAAUGCCCUUGAUCACAUAUCCAGAUUCCUUCCCUUCCUUAUGUCGGAGAUUCUUAUUAGAAAUAAAACAUAGAAUUGCUUGUUUUUCUGCCAUCAAUUAUAUUCUACUUUUAUGAAUCAAUUAUGGCGGCGCUGUUGUUUUCAGUUACCACUUGUACGUCCACUUUAGUGUUUGCCACUCUCUAUCAGGCCAAGAUUAGGCAAUAAAGUCACAAUAUAUUGUCUAAUCUAAGAUAUAGUAUAUUUGUUGGAUUAAUAUGCUCUUA